GCGUCGGCUCAAGAUCCGAAUGGCGUGGCUGCUCGUGCUGCUGGCGGUCGCGGCCUGCGUCCAGAGCUGCCCGACAGAGUGCUUUUGCUUUGGCUCGACACGCGUUGUGGUGCAUUGCGAGUUCCAGAACCUCUCGGCUGUGCCCAUGUACAUUCCCGUCAAUACGACGCACUUAUUUCUCCAUGGCAACCACUUUACGGCCGUCACGACCGACAUGUUCCAAGGGUAUGUCAAGAACUCGCUUGGCGUGUGGGUCGACACGCCGCUGCCGCUCUUUCAGCUCCAAGAAAUCAAGCUCGAUUUGAACCCGCUGCCGAUCGUCAACGAGUUUGCCUUCUUGCCCGCCCCGACACUGCAGCUCAUCUAUCUGCCGUUCUUUGCGCAGAUCCAGUACCAAGCGCUUUCCGAGAUGCGACUCGAUAAGAGUUCGUUUCGCGGCUUUAAGCGCGUGCCCAUCCAUGUCCUCGAAGACCCAACAUUUAUCGCCUUCUCCAAAUAUUAGGC